AUGACAACCUUUCCAUUGAGUCGAGUUAUCGUCGUUGUGUUGUAUGCGACCGUGUCGCUGUAUCUGCUGACUUUGGUCGAUGCACCUCUCCUGUCGGACCAUUUCAUCGACGACGUCGCAUUCCGAGCGGCAUGGGUCACUCUGACGCAGAUACCACUCGUGUACCUUCUUGCAGCACGAUGCGGACCAUUCGAUCUUGUCACCGGUGUAUCACAUGAGCAGAUCAACUGGUUGCACCGCUGGGUCGGACGCACGAUACUCGUAAGUGCGACAGUCCAUGUAGUCGUUAUGAAGACCUCCAUAUCGACAACAGACAUCCUAAAAUCGCAAGAGGAGGGUAUGGCAGUAGUUCGGUAUGGUGUUGCCACGUAUGCGAUGCUCAUCUGGAUCGCUAUCACCAGCAUUUUACCUCUCAGGCAAUGCAGCUACCAGCUUUUCUACCUCAACCACUACGUGUCCACAUUUGCUUUCCUGUUUGUAGCUUUUCAGCACGUUCCGGCAUACGCACGCCCACCAAUCUAUCUUGCUAUCGGUAUCUUCGCCUUGGACAAAUCCCUAGUCGCAUACUUCUUCCUGCGUACCAACGUUGCAAUUGAGCCAUCGCAUGUGCGUCUAUGCAUCCCCGCUUUAGGACGAUUUGAAGUGCACCCUUUCACACCUGCGAAUUGUAGCGCCAUGCCGCCUCCACCACUGCCACCGCGCAAGGACCUCGAGCCGGGCAGGAAGCUGGAGCAGCCGAGACAGACGAGUGAGAUGAUACUUAUGAUCAAGUCCAAGUCUGGGUUCACGCAGCGACUUGUGGAGUACCACCGAACCUGGCUAGCACGGCCGUGUCCAAACGCUACGGAGCCCGAGGAUCAGACAUUGACCGCAUACAUCGAUGGCCCGUAUGGUGUUGCGCCCAAGUGGCACGAAUACGAGAAUUUGGUACUCAUGAGCAGCUCCACUGGUGUGUCCUUCAUCCUAGCGAUCCUGGAUCAUUUGGAGCAGUUGUGCUUCACCGCCGGGGCGGACGAGAUCAAGACAAGACAUGUGAAAUUCGUUUGGGUGAUACGACAUUUAGAUCCCGCGUUCGAGGAAAUUGUCAAAGCGAUUGUGGGUCGGUGUAGCGCAACGUUACAUGAUUGCGGCAUCAACAUCACUGCAGAGUUCUGGAUUCUCUUUGAUCCCUUCGCGCACCUCCGACCACAGCUAUCAAGACGAGUCAGCGACCGACCAGCGCUGAGGAUCCGACAUCCAGACGAGAUCUACGACGAAUGGGAUCGAGAAGCAGAAACGGAAGACACGGGAAUGAAACUCGAUCACGUCGAGCCAUUCGCGACGAAGCUGGAUGGCUAUGACAGCUCAGAGGAGACUGCGAGUGAAGGAGGCACCCUGAUCGACGGGGGAGACCACGACAAUUGGGAAGACGACGAAGAUCCGUUUUCGGACGGGCAUGCGACGGGUCACGAUGAUGCGUAUCGACCACUUCCAGAACCAAGACGAGAGGCGCCAGUGAUAGAGGAUGCGUCGAGAUGUCAAUGCGCGUUGAUCCAGCACCAGCGACGGAAACUCAGUACGCGCGAGAGGAACGUGGAGCACAUCACACAGCGACAUGGCUCGCGGCCGGACAUGAAACGUAUGCUGGGCACGAUGUCGCUGUCGGCGAGCGACAGGACGAUGAUAGCAGUCUGUGCGAACGGCGACGUGACAAAAACAGUCCAAGCCGCGACCGCCCGUAUCAACAAAGACUUUGCGCUAGGUAGAAGAAAGGGACGUGUAGAUGUACAUAUUGAAGGCCAGCAUUGA